AUGGCAUUCCAGCAAACUCAAGAAAUCCACUUUUCUAGGCACAUCACUACAACCAAGAGCGAAUCUGUGAUUGAGCACUCAGCUGCAGCAAGGUUUAACACUCCUGUGCAGAUGGGUGCUACAAAUCCUUUUGCUACGACCAUGGAGAACCCUUGGUUGGGCAUGAAUCACAUGUUCUUAGGUUCAAAUGAGAUGGUGAUUCAAGCACAAACUACUCCAACCACUUCCACUCACAGUGGACCGGCCAACAGCCCACCAGCUGAUGAAAACAGAAAGCGUCCCAGAGUUUCAAUGGAAAAUCUGUUUUACAAUCUCAAUGUCAAUAUUCCUAUUGAGGACUCUCCUGCCCUUGAAAGUAUCAAAAAUGACAUGACAGUACUUUUGGAGACUGACCGUAUGCUUUCUCAACAAACCAAGAGGGUUAGAACACAGUUUGCGGAGAAACAAAGCCAAGCAGUGGGGCUUCUAGUUGAUAGCGUCAGAAACUCUCUUCAGAAAGAAUUGAAGGAAAAAGAUGAGGAGAUUGUGAACAUGCGGAAAACCAAGAUGGACCUCAUAGAAAAAGGAAACAGUCUUCUUCAUCUGACCAAAGAAUGGAAAAAAUAUGCAACCACUUGUGAAAUCAAGCUCAUGUCUUUGCGCAACGACAUGGAAGAGCUCAUGGCUGAAAAUAGGAGGCUGAAGGAGCUUGUGUGGGCAUGUGAUGCUGUGGCUGGCCCCCCUGUGGAGCAGGAUGGCAAGUCUUACUGGGGAAGUGAUGCUCAAGAGUGCAUAGAAGUAAAAGUGGAAGAGGCCGGUGAAACUGUGGCGAAGAAAGUGCAGACUGGAGCUGCUGAAACUGGGGAGGGUAGUGGCGAGAAUAUGUGUAAGAGCUGCGGUAAAAGGGAGAUGACCUUUUGGGGGAUGCCAUGCAGUCAUGCCUGUGCCUCCCCGAAGACUGCUAGCCCCAAGAAAUGA